CGCACUCCGCCACUACCUAGCUUCCAACUCCUUCGGACUGGCACCUAGACGCCUACCUUUUUCCCUUACUUUGUCUCGAGCCACUCGGCGCCCCUACGCAUUGCCAAUUUCACCCUAUUCUGUGCCUGUUCUCACCCCCUCCAUUCUUUUCUGUACAUUUGUUUCAAUUUUCAGUUCAGUAUCAAACCAAGUGUACCUUUAGAUUGGAGUGCGUGAGCGCACUAUUUUUUUCCCUCUAUGGAUAACGUCACGGAUAAUGAAAUGCUCGUCGACGAAUAUGAGCAGUAUCACAAUGACAGGACAGACGAUGUGGUUGUCUCUCGGUCCGGAUCGGAGGAGCCGGAGCCAGAGCCUCCUGCAGAUGAUUAUACAGCGAUGAUGGCACGAGUCCUUCCUAAAGACCCGGAUUUGGAAACCGAGGACGAGGCAUAUCAUACAUGGCAUAUUAAGGACUGGCGGAAGUUGAAGAAGAAGGAACAUGGACCAACAUUUCAAUGCGCAGGCUUCCCAUGGCGGAUUCUUUUCUUCCCAUUUGGAAAUCACGUCGAGCACGCAUCAUUCUACUUGGAACACGCUUGGGAAAAUGAGCCACCGGAGAACUGGUACGCUUGUGUUCAGUUCGGCCUUGUACUGUGGAAUGUCAACGAUCCAUCCAUCAAAAUAUCCCACGUCGCUACUCAUCGAUUUAAUGCGGAUGAGGGAGACUGGGGAUUUACUCGCUUUUGUGAACUGAGAAGGCUGUUUAACGUGCCAUGGGACGGCCACGGAGUAUCUUUGGUACAAAACGAUGAGGCUAAUAUCACAGCAUAUGUCCGUGUCGUUAAGGAUCCCACAGGUGUCUUGUGGCACAGCUUCCAAAACUAUGACUCGAAGAAGGAGACUGGCAUGGUCGGGUUGAAAAACCAGGGUGCCACCUGUUACCUCAAUUCACUUUUACAGUCAUUAUACUUCACCAACGCAUUUCGAAAGGCCACAUAUCAAAUCCCGACCGCGGCUGAGGCCUCGAGAGACAACAGCGCUUGGACAUUACAAAGGUUGUUCUAUAAUCUUCAGACGAGCGAAAACCCGGUCUCAACAGCUGAGCUUACUGCAUCAUUUGGGUGGGAGUCGAGGCAGAUUUUUGAACAGCAAGAUGUCCAGGAGCUGUCGCGUAAGCUAAUGGAGAGACUUGAGGAGAAAAUGAAGGGCACCCCAGCGGAGAAAGCAUUGCCGGAGCUAUUUGUCGGGAAGACGAAGACUUACAUUUCCUGCAUCAAUGUCGAUUAUGAAUCCUCGCGUGUGGAAGACUUCUGGGAUAUUCAACUCAACGUAAGGAACAACAAGACUUUGGACGACAGUUUUAAGGAUUACAUUCAAGUGGAAACACUCGAGGGUGAAAACAAGUACGACGCUGGGUCACCGUACGGUUUACAAGAUGCCAAGAAGGGUGUUAUCUUUGAAAGUUUCCCACCUGUCCUCCAUCUUCACCUAAAGCGAUUUGAGUAUGACAUCAACCGCGACGCUAUGAUGAAAAUUAAUGAUCGGCAUGCCUUCCCCAUGGAAUUUGAUGCCACACCUUACCUCUCCAAUGAUGCCGAUAAGUCUGAGCCAUGGAUAUACCAGUUGCACGGUGUACUGGUACAUAGUGGCGAUCUGAAUGCAGGCCAUUAUUACGCAUUUCUGAAGCCCACCAAGGACGGAUAUUGGUAUCGCUUUGACGAUGAUAGGGUUACGCGAGCAACGGACAAGGAAGUCCUCGAAGAGAAUUAUGGUGGAGAAUAUGAGCUGUCUAAUGGUGCGGCCGGUGUCAAGCAGCCUUAUACACGUGCCUUGUCAACGAAGCGCUCGAUGAACGCGUACAUGCUGGUUUACAUUCGGAAAUCAAAACUGGAUGACGUCCUUCUUCCAAUUAUGAAAGAAGAUAUCCCGUCUCACAUUGAGAACCGUUUGGUUGAAGAACGUGUAGAGCUGGCACGCAGGAAGAAGGAGAGAGAGGAAGCCCACUUGUAUAUCAAUGUCGGAGUCAUUAAUGAGGAUUCUUUCAGGUCUCAUCACGGCUUCGACCUGACGAGCCUUGACCUACCAGCCGGAGACCCAGCACUUCCAAAGCAAUACCGGAUUCUCAGAGCUCAAAAGGUCGGUGAGCUUGCUGAGCAGCUUGCGGGAGAGAAAGGCAUUGAUGCUAGCCGAGUCCGAUUCUGGGUUAUGGUGAACCGUCAAAACAAGACGACUCGACCAGAUCAGGUCAUUAAGGACCCGGACAUGACUGUGGAAGAGGCCUACAGCAGAUUCGGCACUAAAGGGAACCCAUUCAGAGUUUGGAUGGAGGUCGGCCAGCCUUCCGCAGACGGGACGGUCUCCUGGCCAGACAGCAAGGACUCAGUGCUGGUCUUCUUGAAGCAUUUUGACGCUCCGUCGCAAACACUAUCGGGCGUUGGCUCCGUAUACGUUCGCAAGAACCAGAAAGUAGCUGAACUUGCACCAACAAUCCUCGAGAAGAUGGAUUGGCCUGCUGGUACGGAAUUCAUGCUGUAUGAGGAAAUCAAACAUAAUAUGAUCGAUGUCAUGAAGCCGAAACAGACUUUCCAACAGUCCGAGAUCCAGGAUGGCGAUAUUAUUGCUUUCCAGAAGUCAAUCAAAGAAUCGGAGCUGCCUUCUACCGCUCUUUAUCAGGAUGCGAGACAGUACUAUGACUACCUUUUGAAUAGGAUCAAUGUUACUUUUGCCCCUAUAAAGGCGGGCGAGGGCGACGAAUUCACCCUGACCCUGAGUCGCAAGAUGACCUACGAUCAGUUCUCCAAGAAGGUUGGCGAACAUUUGAAUGUCGAGUCUACACACUUGCGCUUCGCUCCUGUCAUGGCGAGCACUGGGAAAGCCAAGCAAUUCAUCAAACGCAACCCCAACCAAGCCAAUCAAACCCUGUAUCAAAUCCUUAGCGGGACAAUGGCCGGUUACGGAUAUAGUAUGCACCGUUCCGAUGCACUGUAUUAUGAAGUCUUAGAGACAAGUCUGAGUGACUACGAGUCUAAGACUUGCCUAAAGGUUACCUGGCUUCCCGAAGGCAUCACGAAAGAGCAAGUAGUUGAAGUCCUGGUGCCUCGAGACGGCACUGUUUCAGAUCUUCUCGUUGGGUUGCAAAAGAAGGCAAAUAUGGACGAUGAUACGAUUCGAGAAGUGAGGAUCUACGAGACUCACGCCGGAAAGAUUUACAGAGACUUCCAGGGAGAUUCUAAGAUUGCUGGUAUCAAUGAGUUCGUGACACUAUAUGCCGAAAGGAUACCUGAAGAAGAGGUCAACAUGGGAGAGGGCGAGCGUACGAUUAACGCGUAUAACUUCGAUCGUGAUUUGAAUAGGCCACACGGCGUGCCGUUCAAGUUCCUUCUCAAGCCGGGCGAGGUUUUCAAAGAGACGAAAGAGAGGCUUUCUAAGCGGACUGGAAUUAAGGGUAAACAAUUUGAAAAGAUUAAGUUUGCUGUGGUUCCUCGCUCUCUAUACUCAAACCCGCGUUAUCUUGAAGACGAUGAUAUCCUUUCCGACAUUGUCGGCGACUCCGACGAUCUCCUCGGACUUGACCAUGUAAAUAAGAACCGCAACUUUUGGAACAGAAGUGAGUCGUUUUUCAUCCGAUAGAAGGGUUGAUCUAUGCUUGUGAGUGUUUGGGAUUCGUGCACAAUUACCUUGCCGUUAGCGGGAAAUGCAUAUGAAAAUACGGUAUGCUUGCACAAUCAGUCUUGUUUACGAAGAGAUUUAUAAACUCAAAUGAAUCUGUGGACCCCCUGUUUAUCUAUGUCUUUUUCUUUCUUCCUCUGUAGACGUGCGGGUCUCAAUGACGGGAUGAUGAUAAUUUUCAAGAGCCCCUUAAUCGACACUGGAAGUGAUGCAUGACAAUGUGAACCAUUUCUUUAUACUGCCGUCAUGAAUUAGACAACCUUUGAUAACGAAAGGGAAAGAAAGCUAAGACAAAACGGAGAGGCACUGUGACUGUGGCUGUAGUUCGUACUGCAAGAUAUCGUUUGGUAAGACCGUGGGCUAACUACUAACGGUAUAGUAGUAAACUGCAACUCGC